AUGGCAUCCUCCAAAGAAACCUUCGUCUACACCGCCAAGCUCGCCGAACAAGCCGAACGCUACGAAGAAAUGGUUGAAGCGAUGAAGAAUGUCGCUAAGCUUGACGUUGAAUUGACGGUGGAAGAGCGGAAUCUUCUGUCUGUUGCGUAUAAGAAUGUUGUGGGAGGACGUAGGGCCUCGUGGAGGAUUCUUUCCUCGAUUGAGCAAAGGGAGGAGACGAAAGGGAAUGAGGUGAAUGUGAAUCGGAUUAAGGAGUAUAGGAAGAAGGUUGAAUCGGAGUUGUCUGAUAUCUGUACUGAUAUCAUGGCUGUGAUUGAUGAACAUCUUAUUCCGAAUUCGUCUGGUGAAUCGAAUGUGUUUUACUACAAAAUGAAAGGUGACUAUUAUCGUUAUUUGGCUGAGUUUAAGAGUGGGGAUGACAGGAAAGAGGCUGCUGAUCAGUCCUUGAAAGCAUAUCAGGAAGCUUCCACUGCUGCAGAGACCGAGUUGCCUCCCACUCAUCCUGUCAGAUUGGGUUUGGCUUUGAACUUCUCUGUCUUCUAUUAUGAAAUCUUGAACUCUCCUGAAAGGGCCUGUCACCUUGCCAAGCAGGCAUUUGAUGUAGCAAUUGCUGAGUUGGAUUCUCUCAAUGAGGAAUCUUACAAAGACAGCACACUGAUCAUGCAGCUUCUGAGGGACAACCUGACAUUGUGGACUUCUGAUAUUCCUGAGGAAGGAGUUGAGGAACAAAAGGCGGAGUCUGCCAGAGCUCCUGUAGGAGAUAAUGCAGAGUAA